AUGUCCCAGCCCAUGGCAUUCUUUGACCUCGAGGCAACUUCCGCAGGGAGCUUGCUAUCUCGACUGUCGUCCGACCCAGACGCUGUCAACGCCCUCGCUGGAAGCAACCUCGCAGUGAUUAUAACAGUCGGCGUCGCAUUGCUCAGCUGCGUGAUCCUUGCAUUAGCUGCAGGCUGGAAACUUGGUCUUGUGGUCCUGUUUGGUGGCUUCCCGUUCAUCUUCGGAGCCGGACUUGUCCACGAAAGAAUGCAAAACUCGAUUGAGGAAAAAAGCUGGCGCGAUUUGUUGGAAGAGUAUAGCCGCAAGGCCUGGAGAUAUGUGGUGCGGAGUAUGGUUUGGUUUGCUUUGAGUGAUAGUAUUGAUUUGCUUUGCAUGGCGCUGGCUUUCUGGUAUGGAGGCCGCCUGCUGUCUUUUCGAGAGUAUACCACCACGCAGUUCUUCAUCGUCUUCAUAUCCAUAGUGAUUGGAGCGCAAACGACGGGACAAUUCUUUGCUAACAGUCCAGGUAUGUAUUUAAAGGAGCUCGUAGGCUUGCAUCUUGAAUACCAAUCACCGCCCGACGUUUCCGUGCUGGACGAGCAGACUCCUCUCAUCGAGUUUCACAACGUCGACUUUGCAUAUCCUGCCAGGCCGUCUCAGCGUGUGCUGAAGCAGUUCAACUUGAAGCUACACAGGGGCCAAUCGAUCGCUUUGGUCGGCCCUUCUGGCUGUGGUAAAUCCAACAUCAUUCAGCUGCUGGAGCGCUUCUAUGAACCUAUCGCAGGCGAGAUUAUUAUUGCAGGGGCGCCCAUUCAGAACUCUUCGCCUGAGAGUACUCGCAGCUUGUUCUCUCUUGUCAGCCAAGAGCCAGUUCUUUAUCACGGCACGGUUGAGGAGAACAUCAACUUGGGAAGGUCUACGCCACUGACUCCGGAUGAGUUGGAGCGCGUGAUUGAUCAAUGGUGUUUCUCGCUUCCAGAUGGUGUGAAGAUAUCAGUCGGAUCUCGUGGCACGCAACUGUCUGGUGGUCAGAAACAGCGCAUUGCGAUUCCCAGAGCGAUUGCUAUGGACACACCGGUUCUGCUUCUCGACGAGGCUACUAGUGCCUUGGAUAGUGAAAGUGAGCAGCUCAUUCAGGCUGCCAUUGGAGAGGGGACUCAGGGGAAGACUGUUAUAUCGAUAGCACAUCGGCUCUCUACUAUCCAGCAUUCGGACUGCAUCUAUGUACUUGAUGGCGGAAGGAUAAUCGAGAAGGGUACUCAUUCUGAGCUCCUGGACUUGAAGGGCCAGUAUUGGACCAUGGUGAUGGCUCAAAUUGGUGUCGGGGAGUCCUAA